ACAGGAAUGACUUUUUUUAAUUUUUCUCUAUUUGCAUAAGGUGGUCUCUUUCUUCUGUUCUUUUUUCUUUUUCAACAAUUUUUGCGUGCGUAUUAUUGCAGCAAGAGUAAAGAAGAAAAGACAAAACCCAAAUGGAAGAGAAUCACGUGACAGAAGAGUCAUUAGAGGAAAGAAAGAUUGAAAGGAUAGAGGAAGCAUAUACAAAAGUCAUAAGGAAAUUUCGGAAAAGGGCAGAGAAGUUGGGAGGCUACGAGACAUUACCGGAUUUGUGGCAAGAUUUUGCGCCUGUUAUUCUCAACACGAUCCACUUGAGGUCAACGCCAGUGGUUGUACAACGUCUUUUGAAUUAUACGGGCGACUUUCAUGAUUUUUGUGAGGCCUUUGUGGAAGAUACAGAUACCCAUGAGUAUAAAGAAUAUUUUGAAGCCAUGGAAUUUGCAUGGUGCUCCGUCAUUAAAAGAAGUACGACGAGUACCACGAGUGGUUCUGCCGAACACCCAUCGCUGACAGAAACAGAAAAAGUGCGUAUAUUGAACGUGCUACAGGAUGGUCAAGAAAGAGCAAGUAAUAAAUUAGGGAUAAGUCAAGCAUACUCCAAAGCAAUUGAUUUAAUUGACGAUGAUCUCUAAAAUAAAUGAGUUUAUAGAUGCUCACUUUACCCUAAAAAACCGAAUCUGAAUAAAACUCUUUUCAUGUAUUUCAAACAGCAUGAAAGAGAUUUGUUGCUAUUCAUUAGUAUGAGAAAGUAAAGUGAAGUGGGUCAUUCUCACAAAAAAAAAGC